AUGAAUCGAAGUCCAUGCUUCUUAUUCAAUCCUCUAAAGGGGGAAGUUCUUCCGCUCCCAACAACUGAUAUCGUAAUUCCAGAGCGUCCUCAAACAUUUUUCCACUUCAAGGAAUGGUUUGCUAUGGGAUUUGACGAUGCAACCAACACGUACAAGAUUGUUCGUGUCUUUGAGCAUCUAUAUUCGUUAACAUUUAAGGUGAGGGCCCAAGUUUAUGUACUGGGCACAAGCUCAUGGCGAGAGAUACCCUCGAUUCCUCCUCGUAGGUUAGGCAAAACCAAUCAUGCAGCAUUUGCAAAUGGAGACCAACAUUGGUUGGUUUGCUUACCUGAUGGCCCAAUUCAUAUUUAUGGAGGAAAAUUCGGUAUAUGUUCCUUUGACUUCAAGAAAGAGGAAUUCUAUUGGACUCUUACUCCUCCCGAGCACAUGCAAAAAAGUGGCACCGUGAAUUGUGUAAAAUCAUGCCCACCUGAGACCAUCGACGAGGUUACAAGCAUCGUCAGUGUUACUGGGACUUUGAUUUCUCUAAAAAAUUAUGGGCAUUUGGUUGAACCCGAACCAACUACUGGAAUCAUCAGGUCCUUAAGACAUUAUGAUUCCCAAUCAUUGUCGAAUGCAGCUGCAAGCGGGAAGGAUUUCUUUUACUUGACAAGUAGCGUGAGGGGGCUGUAUGGUUGA